CACACUGGAUAUACUAUAGCCUCAGCAUUUUGCUAUUAUGAGACAAGUGGUGCUAUUACUUGAUAGACUUGGAAUCAGUUAAAAUAAAUAGAUUUCAACUUGGAAAAAUUGAGUCUUUUUGAAGAGGCUUGGGUUCCCAAAUCAUAGAUAUAAAGCCUCAGCAGACAUAAUAUUGAAAAUGGCCUUUUAUCAGUGCAGGAGAGGAUUAUUAUGGUAUUAUGGUAGUAUUUGAUGUUUGCUUCUUAAAAAUAUUUUAGUGAUCUUUUAAAAAUCUUUGUUGUGCCUAUUAAGUCAAACUGUUUUGGAAAUGUAUGAGUCUAAUUGGUGUUGGAAUCUUGGAUAGAAAUGCUUUAUGAAAAGCCCUUCUGUAUGGAGAAAUGGGCAGGGCAAAACUCUCUUAAGAGUUUUCUCCAAAGCCUCAAAGAAGAAUAGCAAUAACUGUGCAAUGAGCUAUGGAUGUAUUUUCUCCCUAAUUCCCCUUUCUGGCUUCCUUUGGCGGAAUGACUCUAUCAUGCACCUGUGCAUAACUGCAAGAAACCAGCUGGUAUUUUAUUGGAGUCUCUUUGAACGUAUGUCUAAAUAACAAGAAAAUGUUGCCUGCAGGAUGUUUGCAGUCUUUCUUGGUGAUGCAUACCUUGAAAUAUGUAUGAACGGCUUCAGAUACUUCUACAUGUUAUAUUUUGCACAAGCUUGUGCCAUUAAGCCAAGAACUCGACUUUUGUGGGCUGAAUGAGAACAUGGUGGCUUAGAAUGAAAUGCAAGACAUCAAAAUAUUGCAAGGCCCCCUAGAGAACUAUCUUUUGUGGCUCAUCUUUCUCAGAAAUGAAGGUUGGAACAGUUGCUGUCUGGGACCUCUUUCAAUUCUUUGGUCCCCAACUUGAAAUCUGCAGCAGAAGAUUGGAUUGACUCCAAUGUUUUUCUGGGACUUGAACUAAAAAUCAACCACAAUCUGGUUCUGUUGAUUUGUGAACCAUGCGUGAAUACAGUGAAAGCAAGGAGACAUGUGUGACCAUCUGUCUCAAAUACCUGCUGUUCAUCUUCAACUUCUUCUUCUGGCUGGCAGGAGGAGCUGUGAUGGCAGUGGGCAUUUGGACCCUGGCUGAGAAGAGUGACUAUAUUAGUCUUUUGCAGUCUAAUAUAUACCUGGCAACAGCCUACAUUCUGGUGGUGGCAGGUGCUGUUGUCAUGAUUACUGGCAUAUUGGGUUGCUGUGCAACCUUCAGGGAACAACGGAGCCUGCUGAAAGUGUAUUUCAUACUGCUGCUCUGCAUCUUCCUGCUUGAGAUAAUUGCUGGAAUCCUGGCCUGUGUCUAUUACCAGCAGCUGAACAACGAGCUGAAGGAAAAUCUGAGAAACACAAUAAUCAAGAAGUAUAGGAAGGAAGGAGAAGAGAGUGUGACUAAUGCGGUGGACAAACUUCAACAGGAGUUUAAGUGCUGUGGCAGUCAUAAUUACACAGACUGGAGUGACAGCUAUUGGUACAAAAUUGAAAAGGAAGGAAGGAAGGUCCCAGACAGCUGCUGCAAGACAAUAACUGAAACAUGUGGUAGAAGAGAUCAUCCUUCAAAUAUCUACAAAGAGGGUGGCUGUAUCACAAAGCUGGGAAACUUUAUCCAGGAACACUUGAUAAUUAUCGGAGCUGUGGGACUCAGCAUUGCAUUUGUACAGAUAUUUGGGAUGUGCUUUACUUGCUGUCUGUAUAAUAGCUUGAAGUUAGAGCCUUACUAAGAGCUCAUGGAUCGCCCACCUGUUCAAUUCCUCCACGUUCCAGCCCAUCACCCUGACCUUUUCUACAGCAGCACAGAACUAUCAACCUUUCCAGGACUUUGCUGCUUCAAGGAACAUCAUUGUAGGAUCAUCCAGUGUCUCUGCCAGAAAUAAUAGUCCUCCUUGAGUCAGUAAGGAGGGAAAUCAGUGCUCAGCUAAGUUAUUUUUUUUCCCCCACUCCAACAUAAUGGAGCUAUAGAAUGCAGUCUGGUUGAAUUCUUUACAAGCACACAACCUGAAAGAGUUCCUCAGAGCUCCCAAGGACAUGGUACCUUUAGUCUUCUCCCAAACCAUCAAUCAAGGUCGUUGAGCUCUGAGAUAUGACAACUGAGCAUUGUGUGUGCGCAGUAGAUGCUUUCUUCCUUUUCCUAGAUAUAAUGUUUUUCUGGAGGUUUUCAUAACAUCUUGCCCAAGAGAAUAGCUCUAUCUGUCAAUAGAUACUUCUACUGGGAAAAUUUUCCUCCUGAUCUUCUACAGGAUGCUACCCAGGGAUGGAUGAAUAAGGUUCUCUGCACAUUUUUUCCCCCUUCGAGGAAUAUUUUUGUCCUGGAGAAGAAUAUUCUUUUGUGCUUCUCAAACCAAAUGUUGAAAGACAUUAUUUUGUUCACAUAAUUAGAAUUUUUGGACUUUAAAAAAAAAUAUCAAAAACUGAUUUCCUGCUCAAGGAAGGCUGUUGAAAUAAUCCCACUUUAUGGAAUGCAGUAGUAACUCUUCAUAGAAUUAGUUCCAUUUCCAGAAUGAACCUCUUUUCAUUGGGGAAAAAUAUAUUAUCAAGUUUGAAGACUGAUAUGAAAGUCUCAUUUACCAGCUAGGCAUGACCUGAUAGGAAGAGAUCCACAACUUUGCUCACCUUACAUUAUGAGUGGGAUUCAUUAGGAAAACUAAAUGUUGAGUAGGUGUUGUCUUUUCUAAAGUGAUCCUUAAAAAUUGAUCAGCAAAGUGAUCACUGCCUCUUUGCACCCAUAGUAAUACUCCAUCUGAUGCCAUGGAGGAGGCUGACCGGGUACUGGCUCCCACCACUGGAUUUAUUAGCUUUCCCAAGAAUUCAUCCACAUGGAGAAUUCCUAGAGAAGAUGCCUAUCCUUCAAAGUUCUUCGGGGUCCAAUUGGCAUAGCCAUUGCUAGAACAUUUCUUGUCCCUUCCUUCUUCCCAUUUUGGGUUUCAAGUAUAAAGUUUUUUAGUUAAUGCACAUUUGCCCCUCAUCCACAGCAAUGGGCACUUGAGUGUGCUUUUUAAAGUGUUCGCUAUGGAUUGUGGUUCCUACAGCCCCUGGCCAUUAGCUAUGCCAGUUGGGUUUUUUGAGGAGAUGCAGUCCAUACAGUAUUCAUAGGGGGUAGAUUGCUUAUCCCUGGUUAACAGACUACUGCCUGUAAGGUCUGUGAUGCUUUGGAGCUUAGCAGGGAGACUCUUGUUUGGUUUAUUUGGAAGCUGUUAGUACCAUUCUCCAUUUUCCCCAUCUCUUCCCUUAUUGGUUCUUUUGACAGAAUUGGCAGCAAGGGAAGUCACUUGAUCUGAGACCUUUUUUUUUCAGCCAGGACCUUUGUAUAUUCCACUGCAAAAUCACUAUUCAUUUUCUCAGAGAAAGGAAAGGUGGAAAAAAGUACUUUUUAAAAUCUCUCUUUACUGCAAAUACCUAACAUUAACUCACACUGUUCUGAAACUUCCGUUAUGUUGUUUUGAGUCCAAGAGAUGAAUGUUCAGAAAGCAAAUGGGAAGAUGAGAAGACAAAUCUUCCUUUUGUAAAUGUUCACACAGGAGUGGGGGGGGGAAGCUAUUCUCACUGUAAAGGUUGGCAGGUCUUAAAUUAUUGGCAGAAAUUCAUUUCUAUAAUUAGGGGUGAAUUAUUUCCUGAAUAUGAUAUGGUGUGUUCCUUGAGAAAUGAGUUAUUAAUUAAACUAUUGCUAUGAUAGCUUGAAAUGAUGUUUGACUACUGAAAUGUACACGCACAUUGGCUAGCUUUCUUUUCCCCUUCUUUCUGGGAAUCAAAUAGUGCCAUGUUAUAAGCAGACCAGAUAUGCUGACUGAUAAGCUGUGCCUGCUCUUUUUUUCUUUUUUUAAUAUAUAUGUAUAUAUUAACCAUGCUUAAAUGCGGUUUAUGUUGCUGGCCAAUAAAGUUAAACGUGUCUUUAUUUAUAAAGUUAAA